CUGAACACAGUUGUUGAUUUUUUGUUCUUCACUCAAUCAAACAUUGCUCUGUAUUCCAUCACUUCAAACGACCAAUCUACCUACCAACUCCACAUUUUUAAAAACUACACCACCUCAUCACCACCAUACAAACCGUCAUCAUGUCCGGAAACUCCAGUGUUGGCACUAGCGGCGUCUACGAGGCUGGCGACCAGCGUAAUGUCAAGAACUCCGAGCUUGACACCGGUGACCGCUUCCACGAGGGCAAGGAGCACUCCCACCUUGCCAACGACUCCAAGGAUGAGAGAUCGAUCGCCAACAGACUCGCUGCUGAGGAGAAGAAGCACCGCCAGGGUGAGGAGGAGGAUGAUGUUGAAACUCGUCAGUCCAAGAAGGACUCCACAUUGCCCGCGAAGAUGCACGGCAACGAACCUUCGAAGGGUGCCAAGAUUGAUCAGGAGCUCCAAGAGGAAGAUGAGCUCCGCUUGAAGCAGAAGACUGGCAAAUAAAUGGAUAUUGCGGAUAGUUUGAUUUUCGGGUCGGCGUUGGCUGGGAAGCAUGCAUAGAUGCGGCUGAUAGCAUGAAUAUCACAACUUUCGAUACAAAAACAAAUGGCGAGAGCUUACUUU